GGAGUCUGUGUCUUUGGAUCAUACACUGUUCGUCUUGUUGUGCCUUGUCAUCCUCGCCUCAUCCAUCCGCCGACAUGCCCAAAGGAUUCCUGGUGAAAAGAAAUAAGAAAGCGGCGCUCGUUUCGUACCGAAUUCGCUCGGAUGAGGAUGGAGGAUCAGCUCCAGAAUGUCAGAUCGCUCAGAUCGCCCCAUCCCUACCCGUGCCCAGCGCCUCAAAGCCGGACAGCAUCAUCGCAGCAUCCCCUUUAGAUGGAGCAGACGCGCCGGUGCCAGUCCACAGCGCAAAGCCGGUUCAGUUCGGAAACCCAGAGGCGGUCUACCAAGCUCUGUACAGCCCCACCCGGCCAAUAAGCAAGGAACACGACAGGAAAUAUUUCGAGAGAAGUUUCAAUAUCGGUUCGCCCGUGUCCGCCGAAUCGUUUCCGACUGCCGCCUCUCUUACCAGCAUGGACCACCAUCUUCUGUUCGCUCCUGUUGACUUGAAAAUCGGAACCAGCAACAGUAACAGGAGCGGAACGGCCAGCGGUGCGCACGCCCCGGCCAUCCGAACUGGCACCAAAAGACAGUCGACCUCCGAGACCGAGCGUAAAAGCAGCAAAAACCAAGCCAAGAGACCCAAAGCCAUAAGGAAACUCAAUUUCGAGGAUGAGGUGACCACGUCACCAGUGCUGGGCCUGAAAAUCAAAGAGGGACCCGUAGACUUGAAACCAAGACCGGCCUCAUCCAACAACAACAAACCCCUGGGAGAGUUCAUCUGUCAGCUUUGCAAAGAAGAGUACUCAGAUCCGUUCUCUCUGGCACAACAUAAGUGCUCUCGUAUAGUACGGGUGGAGUACAGGUGUCCCGAGUGCGACAAGGUCUUCAGCUGUCCUGCCAACUUGGCUUCUCACCGGCGCUGGCACAAACCACGCGUCCAGAGCGCACCGAAAGCACCCAUCCAACCCGCCAAGCCGUUCCCAGAAGAUCUCAAAGACAUGAGAGCAGACUUCCCCAGCGACAGAGACUCCCCUAGUCCAGGUCUGUCUGAAUCCGGCUCAGAUGACGGGCUUUACGACUGCCAGCACUGCGGGAAGCGGUUCAAACGCCAAGCCUACUUGAGGAAGCACAUAAUGGGACACCAAAUGCUCCACAAUCAAAUAGUCGGAGACGCGUUUCAGAACGCAGAGAGAGUAGAAAGUCCUGAUAUCGUUCCAUCAGAGGACAGCCAAAGCCAGAGUCCACUCAAUCUAAGCCCCGUGGACUGUCUCCUCUGCCCGGCUUGUGGAGAGAACCUACCCAACAGGGCGAGUCUGGAGCGACACCUGCGUCUACUGCACGAUGAUUCCCGGGCUUUCCCCUGCAAGUUCUGCCCUGCCACUUUUUACAGCUCCCCGGGUCUCACCAGGCACAUCAACAAAUGCCACCCAACAGAAAACAGGCAAGUCAUCCUACUCCAGAUGCCCGUGCGUAACGCCUGCUGAAGAGUACCAAUUGCAUCUCCAAAAUCGCACCAAUCUGUCCUUUUAGAAUGAUCUAUUUUCAUCAGAUACAUGAAGCCUAGAAGCCUGAAGUAUUAGUUUGGUCCUUAUGAAGGUAUUUUUCUAGAAAACCUUAAGUUGCACACAUGGUAAUGUAAUAGCUCCUAGACCUAAGACAUGUUCACUCAUCUCUGUGGGAAAAGCCUUGAAUUCACAUGCUGCUCGUUUCACGUCUGUAGCUUUAAUGAGGUAUGUGAAUUACAGGACUGAAAAUCUUCUCUUUCCUCGUACUGAAAAACUAAAUAUCUUGAAAAGUUUCCAUUUAGUAGCCAGAAAUGCCUUUAGAGAAAUACAGCAAACUACUGCCUUAACAACUCAGUGUAAUAAUUGAUUUUUUAUUUUGAAUGUCGGCACACAAUUGAAACUUAAUAUCAUUAUGUAAAACUAUUGUAAUGUUUAUUCGUAAUAUUUGAUUUAUUUAUGUAUUUAUUGAUUUUCAAUCGCUUUGUGUAAAUGAUUGUUUUGUGAGAGUGUUUUUUUCCUGCGUCACAUUGAAGUCGAAUGGUUUUGUCAAGAUCAUUAUGUCUUGGGUGAUCUCUCAAGUUUUGUGCGCUACCUUGAAACGUGAAGCUCUUAUAGAUGCAAUCCUUUUCUACAUAUACAUCUUAUUUUCCUAAAUGUUUGCUACCUAGCGCUUUACAUGUGCGUCUGUGUUGUCAACUCAAAUAAAAUAUUUUCAAAAUGAAAAAGCUUGAAAUCGUUCAUGCAUACUUCAUACAGUAAAUGAAAUGUUUUGUUUUUACCUUUUCACAC